AUGGGAAAGACAUUUCGUGUACGCGGUGUACCCCACGGCUGGAGUAGAGAUGACUUGCAGUCUUUUUUGAAGCAGAAAGCCUCUUCUGAACCAGAAAUCGGGUCUUUGGCCCUCGAGGUUCAUAGGCGCACGCAAACAGCAACGCUAACUUUUCAAGACGAUUCCUCUCAGCUGCAAGAUAUUUUGACUGUGAAAAAGCUGGAAAUACCUCCACAAUUGUUGCAUAAGCAGUCCACUAGAGCAGCGAGCCUGGUGUUUGACUGCGAUUUUGGUGGCAUCACGACGUUAUAUGCUCCAUGUUUACAAGAUCAUCAAGUUGACAUUAUUGCAAUCUCUGGCCUCGGUGGACACGCAUUCGGAUCGUUCAAAGAGCGAGGUGGAAAUCACAUGUGGCUACGAGAUGCGCUUCCAUACGAUAUCACUGGAGGAGAUAACAACAUACCCAUCUCGCGCGUUAUGAUCCACGGUUACGACUCGAGUCUCCAAAAUAGCGAUAGUUUCCAGAAUCUAGAAGAUCUAGGGACUUCAUUCUAUUCAUCUCUUCGGAGUAUGGCCAUUGCCGACUCAUACCGACCGAUCAUACUAAUUGCUCAUAGCCUAGGCGGACUGAUUGUCAAGGAAACCCUCAUAUCCCUCUCCAAAUCAAAUGAUGAAGAAGACCAAAACUUGUUACGAGCAGUGUACGGAAUCGCAUUUUUUGGCGUCCCACACGACGGCAUGGACAUCAAGUCACUUAUUUCCAUGGCCGGAGAUGGGCCGAACCGCUUUCUAUUAGAGUCUAUUGGGAAUCAGAGCUCACAAAUCCUCGGCAUCUACAACCGUGACUUUCCUCAUUCACUGGGAGGCCAAGGAGAGUCCAAGAUUAUUUGUUUUUACGAAACGCGUCUAUCACCGACUGCGACAUUGGAUGAAAAGGGCAAUUGGGAAAUGACAGGGACAGCCGCCGUUUUGGUAUCAAAGUCAUCUGCCACACAUUCUCGCCCGUGGGAGACUGGGCAACAGUAUAUCUGCGCUAUCAACCGAACUCACUCCGAAAUGGUCAAAUUUAGCUCAGAAGAUAGCGAGUAUGAGAAAGUUGUCGGGCGAAUCCAAAGCCUCGUACGAGAGGCAAGAAGAGCACAUGAGGUACAAGCACUCAUAGCACAAAAGCGUGCAUUGCAACCGACUCUGUCACAACAAGCCCAAAAUUGCUUGAAAUCGCUAGCCUUUGAUAGCAUGAGAAGCCGCUCCCUUGAAGUUGAAUCUGCCGUCUCAGGCACAUGCGAGUGGCUACUCCAGCAUGAGACAUUCAGGAGCUGGUCAGAACUUAACCAAGCAAUCCUUUGGAUCAAAGGGAAACCCGGCUCGGGAAAGUCAACGCUUCUCAAUUAUACCUUUACCAAACAGAAACAACUACUCAGCGCCAGAGACAGUGAUCUUGUCCUCUCGUUCUUCUUCCACGGCCGUGGGGGCGACCUUCAAAAAACGCCUCUUGGCUUGUUCCGAUCGCUGCUCUAUCAAAUUCUCAAGCAGAUACCUGAUUGCUUGUCAAACUUUGUCGAUAUUUUUGAAAAUAAUUGCAAAGUCAUAGGCGAGCACGGCAAAGAAUGGCAAUGGCAUCCAGAAGAAUUAUGGUCCGCCUUCGAGUCGUCUCUCCCAGAAAUCUUGAAAGGUCGUUCAGUCUGGCUCUUCAUCGAUGCAUUAGACGAAAGCGGUGAAGACAAUGCAAAAGACCUUGUCAAGAAGUUCAAGCUACUAUUCAAGAGAGCAAACGACCCGUCUGCUGGUACCAAUCAUCUGCACAUCUGCUUCAGCUGCCGUCAUUACCCAAUACUGGAUUCUCCUGGCCUAGCCGAGGUAUGCCUUGAGGAAGAAAAUCGAGCCGAUAUUUGCACUUACGUGCAAUCUGAACUGUCUUCGUCUGAGGAACAGAUUUCAUCUACCAUUGAAGAUUCGAUCAUCGAACGUGCCUCUGGUGUGUUCUUAUGGGCACAGCUAGUGGUGAAGCGAAUUCAGAAGCUUACAAUAGAGGGUGCUGGGCCAAACCAUAUCAAAGCAGCAGUAGAUUCUCUACCUAAAGACCUCGAAUCCUUAUUCAAGGAGCUAAUACGAGGUAUGACGCCAGCUUCUGUAAGGCUAAUCCAGUGGAUUCACUUCGCCACACGGCCUUUAUCAAUAGAAGAGUUGCGGUGGGCCAUGGCUAUAGAUGCCGGCUGUAUAUCGCUACAAGCAUGCCAGAACGCAAUGGAUUAUGUACCAGAUGAUAAACACAUGAGGCAACGAAUUAUGAGCCUCAGUCAAGGCCUUGCUGAGAUAACUUCGGGGACUGGAACACACAUUGUUCAAUUCAUCCACCAGUCUGUGAAAGAUUUCUUUCUUGACAAGGGAUUUCUAGCCUUGCACGGCAAUUUUACGUCUAUCGAGAUGGCAAUUGGAAUGUCACAUUUAUAUCUAUUCAAUACCUGCAUACGCUAUUUGGCGAUGGAAGAAGUUGGAACAUUAGCCAUUGGUACGGCUGAGCCUGACCAUAUGGAUACCGAUUUUCCUUUUUUGAAUUAUGCCAUUACUUCAUGGGUGUCUCACAUGAAGCAAAGCGAUGACCAUGGUACACCUGCCGAACACUUUUUGGAAAUGCUUUCUUGGCCAUCAAAUGAUCUAGUGGCACUAUGGACGAAAGUCGGCAAAUGGAUGAGAGGAUUUUCACGUAAAUACUCACCAGAAACUACCAGUCUUGUACAUAUUGUAGCAAGGCAUGGUAUUCAGGGGACCAUGAAUGUCAUCCUACAAAGACUCGGCCAGGUCACAGUGGAAGCAGACUUAAAAGACGGCAAUGGCCAAACGCCUUUGUCAUUAGCUGCAGAGCAAGGACACACAACUAUAGUCGAGGUAUUGCUUGCUACUGGCCACGUUGAUAUCAAUGCCAACGAUAAAUUUAACCGGACGCCGCUGUCAUGGGCUGCAAAGAAUGGUCAUGAGGCAGUGGUUAAGCUAUUACUUGCUAAAGACCCAGCUAACAUCAAUUCCAAAGAUGAAUAUAACCGGACGCCGCUGUCAUUAGCUGCAGAGAAGGGUCAUAAGGCAGUGGUUGAGCUAUUACUUGCUACAGGCCAAGCUGACAUCAAUUCCAAAACUAAUUUUAACCGGACGCCGCUGUCAUGGGCUGCAAGGAAUGGUCAUGAAGCAGUGGUUAAGCUAUUACUUGCUACAGACAAAGCUUACAUCAAUUCCAAAGAUGAAUAUAACCGGACGCCGCUGUCAUUAGCUGCAGAGAAGGGUCAUAAGGCAGUGGUUAAGCUAUUACUUGCUAAAGACCCAGCUAACAUCAAUUCCAAAGAUGAAUAUAACCGGACGCCGCUGUCAUUAGCUGCAGAGAAGGGUCAUAAGGCAGUGGUUGAGCUAUUACUUGCUACAGACCAAGCUAACAUCAAUUCCAAAGAUAAAUAUAACCGGACGCCGCUGUCAUUAGCUGCAGAGAAUGGUCAUGAGGCUGUAGUCAAUCUACUACAGGACUAUGCUCGAUCUCAUACUUGA